AUGGAGGGGACCCCGCGACAAUCGCCGUUAUUAACGAUACCAACCCGUGUCGACUCCAAAUUCUCCCUCGUCAGCACUGCGUCAUCGCCUACUACUUCUGCUUCUAUUAGUGGCUCGUCCUUUGCGACCAAAGCUAAAACAAAAGAAUACAUGGAAUCUCUACGCCCUCCUUCGCCAAAACAAUUUGAACGAAUUGCUCUUAUUCAGCAUCAGCGCGAACAAGAAACAAAACGCAGAAACCGUGAACGCAGGCGCUGGUCGCGCGAAGCCCAGCGUCAGCGAGACAGAGCAACCAGUAUGUCUACCAACAAUAGUCAAGACGAUCGGGCGCAAGCUGCGCGCACUAUACAAAAGACAUUCCGUGGCUACCGCGCAAGAAGGGAACUCGAAGGAUUCGGCUUAGACGCAAGUACACGAUGGGUUACAGCGAUACGUGAGGCGCAAUUUCGAAACGCAACAAUGCCAAGGCCCCGAUCAGGAUCAGAAGAUAAUGACACUGUCGACAAACCAGAAGAGGACCAUGUUGCGAGACAAAAAUCAACAAAUGCUCGCGAGAAGUGGAAGAAGGCUAGUGCGAUCGCACGACGAGCUGGUCAUGAUGAUCUCUUAUCCGAUGCCUCUGACUCUGAAUCUUCUUCGGAUGAAGACGCAUCACCCGAAGAAAGAGCAGCUGCUCGAGCGCGGCGUGAGAAAGCCACCGCUGCUCGCAGGCACGAGGCCCGCAUGAUGGGCAUUCGAUACUUCCUCGAGCUGGUUGACCAAAAACACCGUUAUGGAAGCAACCUAUGCAGAUAUCAUGAAGUCUGGAAACGAACAGAUACGCACGAAAACUACUUUUACUGGCUUGACUAUGGCGAAGGUCGCAAUGUCGAAGUUGACGGCUGUUCGCGAGACAGACUUGAAAGAGAGCAGGUUCGAUACCUGUCUCGCGAGGAGCGCCAGUACUAUCUGGUUGAAGUCGACAAUGAAGGAAGACUAUGCUGGGCGAAGAAUGGCCAGCGCAUCGAUACUACAGAGCAGUUCAAGGAUAGCAUAAAAGGCGUGGUACCUUUGGAUGAUCCCACGCCGGCCUUCAGGGCUGCGGCUCGAGCAGCAGAUUCACAAUCCCAAGACUAUGAUAAUAGCCUAAGUUACGAAUCUUCACUAGAGUCAGAACGAGAAGCAGACCGGGCGGCCAAGUAUGCGACACCUGGCUACGACAACAGCCAGGGUGUGCGCAAGGUUUCGCAGAUUUCAGCCUCAACAAUAUUUAACAAAAUGUUGCGCAAAUCGGUCAGAAAGAACACUUGGAUAUUUGUUGCAGAUACAAACUUUCGCUUGUAUGUUGGCAUUAAGGACUCUGGCGCAUUUCAACACUCGUCCUUCCUCCAGGGUAGUCGAAUUUCAUCAGCUGGACUUAUCAAGAUCAAGAACGGUCGACUCUCGUCCUUGUCUCCGUUGAGUGGACAUUACCGCCCUCCAGCGAGCAACUUUCGCGCUUUCGUUCAUAGUCUUCGUCAGUCUGAGGUGGACAUGUCCCACGUCUCCAUCUCCAAGUCAUAUGUGGUGCUCAUCGGUCUGGAGUCAUACAUCAAGACCAAGCUCAAGGGCAAGGACUUGGCGCAGCGUGUGUCACACAGAAAGGAGAAAAUAUUGGCUCCCGAGGAGGCAGCACGUCGGGAGGAGGAUGCCAGGGACAAGAGUGAGAGCGCAGCGAAAGAAAGAGAGGUGCUUCGACGAGAAGAGGAGGAGAAGCAAGAGGGGAGGCCAGUGAAGAAGGUCCUGAAGAAGCUCGGUAUCAAACCGACAAAGGAGGAGAAGCAAGCUGCCAAGAGAGAGAAUAAGGAGAACGUCGAGGACAUGCGUGCGUGA